UGUCCGCUCGGCGGGCGGUGCCCGGACGCAGGUGCCGGCCGGAGCGGAGCAAGCAGCUGCUGACGGGCCGGGCCGGGCCGGGACCCAGGCCAGGGAAAACCGAGGGGCCUGCGCGGCCGCCCGGCCCGGCCGCGAAUCAGGCUCCUGGGACCAUGGGCCUCAGGCCCUGAGGACAGGAGGCUCCCUGUGGCCAUGACGACAGGUGACUGCUGCCACCUCCCUGGCUCCCUAUGCGACUGCUCUGGCAGCCCUGCCUUCUCCAAGGUUGUGGAGGCCACAGGCCUUGGGCCACCCCAAUAUGUGGCACAGGUGACUUCAAGGGAUGGCCGGCUGCUCUCAACUGUCAUCCGGGCUUUGGACACACCAAGUGACUGUCCCUUCUGCCGAAUCUGCCAUGAGGGAGCAAAUGGAGAGAACUUGCUGUCCCCAUGUGGCUGUACCGGCACGCUGGGAGCUGUGCACAAGAGCUGCCUGGAGAAGUGGCUGUCUUCCUCCAAUACCAGCUACUGCGAGCUGUGCCACACUGAGUUUGCAGUUGAAAAGCGGCCCCGACCUCUCACAGAGUGGUUGAAGGACCCAGGGCCUCGCACUGAGAAGCGGACAUUGUGCUGUGACAUGGUGUGCUUUGUGUUCAUCACACCACUGGCCGCCAUCUCAGGCUGGCUAUGCCUGCGAGGGGCCCAGGACCACCUCCGUCUGCACAGCCGGCUGGAGGCUGUGGGGCUCAUUGCCCUCACCAUCGCCCUUUUUACCAUCUAUGUGCUCUGGACACUGGACUCGCUGGGUUCAAGGUGGUGGAUCCCUCACUUUUACAGGACUCAAAGCUUAUCAGAGUAUCCUCAGAGGACCAAACGGGGUGGAGGCCUGUCUCUACCUUCCCACCCACUGCAGGACUGCCCCCGCAGGUCUCUUUCCGAUACCACUGCCAGCUGUACUCAGAAUGGAGGAAGACCAAUCAGAAAGUCCGCCUGAAGAUUCGGGAAGCAGAUGGCUCCGAGGACCCCCACCACUCCUUGCUGGCUGCUGGACUCUUAAAAAAGGUGGCAGAGGAGACCCCUGUGUGAAGACCUGGCUGGCAGAGCCCUAAGGUAGUGGAAGGCCAGCGGCAGAUGACAGUGCCCUGGUGUUUGGAAGGAUGGAAGCUGCCCGACCUUUCAUGCACAGCCAUGACGCUUCUCAGACCAAGAACCACAACAAGCAGAACCUGCACUGUGCUCCUGUGUGAACAUAUUUUCAAGGGUUUUGUUUUACACAUUGUUGUACACAACAAGGACAGAUGGACAGACCCUAGCUUUGGAUGGAGCAGGCACCCUUAUCUCAUUCUGAGAUCUUUUUGACACUUCCUUGGCCAGCAGCUUUGGCUGCUUGUGUCAAAGGUGCCCCUUGGGCUAGAAGGUUCCAGCGAGCUUCUUGCACUACUCUGCACCUGGCCGGCUUGCUUUACUGGCACUCGACUUUAUAAAGUUGCACUGCAUUUCAAAAGCCCACUCCUGAAUGAAUAAAAGGAGCCCUUGCUGGCUAACAUGGA